CUCCGUGCCUGAAUAGCCAUCUUUACCGCCAGCGUGGGUUCCGUGUUCACAGAAUUUGAAGAAAAGAAAUUUGCUUUUUUGGUAAGAAGGAUCAAAGACAUUGAUACUACUUAUAUACAAUAAGACACGAUGACAGAUGAACGUAAAAUGUACGUUGGAAAUGUUAGCUUUGGCACAAGAGAAGAAGAUUUAAGAGAAUAUUUCGAUAAAUACGGAAACAUUGAAGAAUGCAACAUUGUUUUAGACCGCGAAACUAAUCGGUCAAGGGGAUUCGCAUUCAUCACAUUUAGCGACUCGAAAGGAGCCAACGAUGCGGUCUCAACAACACAUUCGCUGGAUGGACGUACUCUUAAAACGUCGAUAGCGGAAUCGAGGAAGGAUGGUGGUGGCCGAAGUAGCUAUGGAGGUGGUGGUGGCGGCUAUGGAGGAGCUGGUGGCUAUGGAGGAGGUGGCUACCAACAACGUGACAACUACCAGCAACGAGGCUAUGGAGGGGAUGACUCCCAGUACAGCUCCGGUGGAGGCGGUGGCAGAAGCUACGGUGGUGGUGGUGGUGGUAGCAGAGGCUACAACAGCCAACAAGGAGGAGGUAGCGGUUAUGGCGGGCGAAGUGGCAACAGUGGCGGCUGGUAGGUGAAUACAACACGUGUUUUAUGGUUGUACUCGCUCCCAUCUGACUUUAUCACCAGCAUCGCUCCAUAUCUUAUAUAUAUUGCCUAUAUAUAUAUAUAAAUCAGCGACAGACGUGAUGACAUUACAUGUUAAAUGGCUUAAUAACCAGUUUAACUUCAUUUCUUGAAUUGGAUCUACAAAGAGGAACUUUGACUUUAACAUUAGACAAUAAUUGAUGGGUUUCAAUCUAAAUUCCAUUUGAAAUGGUUAUUAUAAUAAAAAGGUUGUACAUAGGUUAUCGUGAUUCUUUUUUAGCUCACUAGACUAGAGCGAAAACUUAAAAGGCCGAGUAUAAAGUUGAAAUUGUUUUCAUUGCCCCUUUGAUCUAUUAUUGAAAUACGGUCAAACAAAAAAUAAAAUUGUUUCUUGUAACAUGUUUGAAAUUGAAAAACUUUAAGUUUUAGUACUGGGAACAUUUUAUUUUCAAAUACAAUUGUAUUUGGUUUAUAUAGGAGAGUGAUCAUGAUUUUGAUUUCAGCAGUGCUUCUUUUUUAAAUUGAUAGAAAAUUUACGGGUAGGUAAAAAAAAUGGAACAGUGUUACCGGAAACAACAUAUUUUUUGUUUGGCCAAACCAGGGUUUACAGCCCAGUAACCAGUUCAUUGUUCUUGAAAACAUGUUUGCAUAUUUCUUGCAUUUUUUUUAAUCUUGCAGUAUAUAUAUAUGUUUGUAAUGUGCUGAUAUCAUUGUUACACCUAGAUUUUUUUUAAUGGAAGUACUCUGGUUCCAACGUAUCUUUGUCACUUGUCUAUGCCACAUGCUAAAAGUACAUGUUUUUGCAAGAUAUGGAAUAAAACUAGGGGAAAAAAGUAACUAGAAGCUGUAUUGAGUUUGUAUUCAUCGUAGAAAGGCACAAUUUCGUAAAAUUUAACAAGAACCAUAUUGGCACACUUGAGCAUAAUUUGAUCAGUCAUGUGCAAAAGUGUCCUGCAUAGGGUGCAGUACUAGUCCAUAGGCAUAACAUUGAAUAUUUUUUGCAAGUUGAUAAAACUCCUUUUUAUGGAACCCCAUUUUAAUAUUAACCCUUUCACCCCUAUGUAACUUUAGUGGACUCUACCAUGCAUUGAUCUGGAUGAGUCCAUUAUGGUCUACAGUGGUGAAAGCGUUAAGACAAUCUACAUACACUGUCUACAUUAAUGACGACAAUAAUUUAUACAUAUAUAUGCUCAUACACAUUGAUAUACAGUAUGACAAAAAAGGAAACUGCUCCCAAAAAUGUUAUAGGCAAUGCCAAAAUGUCGAACCAUCCGACAAAUGGGUUAUAUUUACAUUAAAGUGUAAUGAGAAAGGAAAAUUAUUCACUCUGUUGUCUGUUUAGUAAUUUGACAAUUUGAAUUUAUAUUUUUUCUAGCCACAGAUAGACUGGCCCGUUAAAAAGUGUCGGCACCAUUAUAUUUUGUCUUGUAACAUUCUCGUGUUUCACAAAUGAUGUAGAUUUAUAUUUAGGAAUUGGUUGAUAAGGUAUACACUUUCCUAUGUAAAAGUCACAUAUUUUUAUGACCAUUCAAGAACUGGGUCCAGCAACUCGUGCGUUAUCAAAAUAUUGAUGGGAAAUAAUUAGGAAAUGAGUCUUCCUUCUUUUGUAUAGUAACAGUAAUAAAUCAGUCCCAUGAAAAUGUACUGUGCUGGUAAUGAGCUUACUUCCAUGUGUAAUCCAAAUGCAAUGAUGUAUAUUUAUCUUGGGGAAGAUAUGCUCUGAUUUAUUCGUGUUGGUUUUAAUACUAAGUUAAUGUUUGGAAAGCAAAAACAAAAUGAAGAAAUGCUGUAGUACUAGAUACAUGCUUGACUUAAGUUUCAAUCCUGUGUUUGAUACAGAUAAAUCUCGAAGGCAUGCUGCUUCACCAGAUUUAUCAGACAAUGCUAUCAAUAAUUCUACCGUGAUAAUAUGUAACAACACUCCUUGUUGGUUUAAAAUCGUGUAUUAAUGGGCCACAGACAUGUACUUGAUUAUUCUGUCUGCUUUAAUGACCUUAGCUGUCCUAAAGGUCUAGGGUGAAUGUGAUUGUCAAUUGCAUUAGCAUGCGGGGAUGAAGUACUUUCAAGUUUGUUCAAAUGAAUGACCUUAACCCACUUUUAAGGUCACAUGGAUCAAAUUUGUGAAAACUUUAAACAAUUUUCUCUCAAGGCCAGGUGUUCCCACUCAUUUGGGGUUUUUGGUACCCCAAGGUUUCCAAAAUGGGGUACAUCAGCAGAUUUUGGGGGUAUAGGUAUGUAUUUUUUGGGGUACCAAUUUUUGUUGUCAUAAAUUAUGUACUAGUAAAAUAAAACAACAGGAAUUAUCAUA